AGGCACAGCUCCUACGAGUGGAUGAGGAAAACCGUGCAAGCCACGUCCACAGGUAAAACAAGAACAAGAGAAAAGUACCGAGUGGUUUACACAGACCAUCAGAGAUUAGAGCUAGAGAAGGAGUUUCAUUACAACAGAUACAUCACAAUCAGGAGGAAGUCUGAACUGGCUGCAAACCUAAGGCUUUCUGAGAGACAGGUGAAAAUCUGGUUCCAGAACCGCAGAGCCAAGGAAAGAAAGUUAAUGAAGAAGAAAAUGACUCACUUCGAGGGCAGCAGCAUGGGCUCCCUGCAGAGUGACUCUGGCUCCGUGAGCCCCAUGCCCGUCCCUGACCCACAGACUCACUCCGAGAUGCCCAGUUCCCUGUUCCCAGCGCCCCCCCCGCCCCCCCCGCUCCCCAUGGGGGGGUUGCAGCACCCCGGGGGGCUGCAGCAGGUCGUGGCCUCGCAGUGA